ACACGAAGUUAGCGCAAACAUUAAAUCGAUUACCAUAAUAAGUGAUCUUGUCUUUCGUUCAGUCAUCAAUCAUUCAAGCUGCUGUACAAAGCAAUCAGCGAUGUGUGUACUAACUUUUGGAGCGUUCUGUAGAUAAUGUGAGGGUAUUAAAGGUAUGGCGAUUCUUUCACGUGUCAGUCUCGGAAGCAGUUCAGAAAGACCAGCAGCAUCCUUGUUGCAAAAGUAUACUCUCAUGGAGACUACCUAUUACUUACGUUGACACAAUGGAGCCAGCGACUUCAAAUGGAAGUCGGAAUUUACUAACAGUGGACAAUAGUGCCCAUCGACGCAGGCGAAACUCGGCGACGCUGUUAACACCAGGAGUUUCCAGCUCCUUACUUCAAGUCCGCCAAAAUGCUCCACGAAGAAAUAGUAUGCCUGAAAAUGUGUAUCUGAAUGGUAACAAUUCUUUAGAUUUGGAAAGAGUUCGAUCUUUCAAAAUGACAAAAUCCGGAAUCGUAAACAGAGGUGACAGAAUCCGUCGAAAAAGCACAACGAGUAUCAGUUCCGCCGGAAGUAAUAUAAGCGGUGCCAGUUACCAUUCCUCUCAUCCUUUGGAAGCCAGUGAUGAUAUCGUUGAUUUGAACAACGAUCCCGAAUUCUUUUCUGUUGCAAUAUUGGGCGCACACGGAGUUGGUAAAAAGACGUUGAAAACUCAGUUUAUGACGUCAGAGGCGAUUUGUACGAGUAACACUUCUAUAGAUGCUGAUGGCGAGGAAACCACGGUACCCGUAAAGUUAGAUGAAGAAGAAUCCAAUAUCAGAAUCAUUGAAGUUCCAGAUAUAAAGUCAAUUGACGACCUGCCAAACGUGGACGCCAUUCUGGUCGUGUACUCUGUGGAUGAUGAACAGUCAUUUAAUGAGGCUGUUCAGAAUAUCCAGUUCAUCCGGAAAGAGAAGGUCUGCAAUCAAGCCAUUAUUCUGGUGGCCAACAAGGCGGAUCUAGAGAGGCGAAGAGUAGUGUCCGAAAAAGAUGCCAAAGAAGUGUCCGACCGCUACCACUGUAAGUAUGUAGAGAUCUCCGUCGUUCUAAACCAUAACGUGGACGAACUAUUAGUGGGGAUAGUUCGACAGGUGCGACUCAGGAGGAACUCGAUAGAGCUGGAGGUCCCGACACUGGCCCCGGCCAAAGUGCCCAAGUCACUGUCAUCCAAAACCAAGUCAUUCUUGUGUAAACUAUUCCGUGUAGGACAGAAAGACAACUCCAGUAACAAUCUGUACGAUUUAUAGUGAGUUUGUUCGUUUUCAAAGACCAACAAGUGCCCGUCUAGUUGUUUGGGUUUUUUUUUUGGCAAAUUGACGUGGUGUGGGUUGCGUCAGACAGAAUUACGAAGAAUUGCAGGAUCUAUUGAUUGAGUUCAGAACGGAAGUUUGAUGCGGUGUUGUUAAUCAUUGAGGAAAUGAGAAAAAACAAUGUUGAGAUGCUUUUUUAUAAUAUAUGUAUGUUCAGUAACAGUAAAGAUGGAAAUUAUUAUAUCCGGAUUUUUUUAAAAAGGGAAACAAAAACCUACAAUUAAAUACGGAUACGGAUUAUAUUUAAUUUUUAAAGGGCAGUGUAAUAAUUAGAAUUAUACCUUGUGCGGUUUUUAAUUUAAAAAUUGUUGUUUUCUCUCAACAACGUUAUUUAAGGUGAGUCCCUACUCAAGAAAUUUUUGGUUAAAGUGAUUUCUUUUCUUUUUAAAUCAAUAAUUUGACACCUUAUCCAAUAAAAAAAAUUCAAAAUAUCUGUCUUAACUAAUAGUACUUUUUUUUUACAAACCAAUUUCAUGUAUCAUGUGAGACCGUUAUCAUUGGUAUGGAAAGUAUAUCAAUAAGAAAAUGAAGACUAUUACUAAAUUCUGAUUUCUCCAAUACCUCCCGCUUCUGAUUAUUAUCAUUAUUAUAGAUUAUAGAAAAGGAAGUGUACUGCAUCUUGUUUUGGAGAAUUAUCUCAGAAAUAUGAGUUGUUGACAGUACAUUAUACAUACAUGUUAUGUAAUAGACAAAAAUGUUAUCAUUCUUCUAAGCAAUCUUGAUUCUUGUCUCGGAAAAAAAAAUGUACCAAAAGUUACUCUUAUUUCAUAUUUAUAUGGUUAAUUGUUCGCCAUGUUAUCUUGUACCUUCUUUGGUAAUGGGCAAAGACAACACCUAUUGCCCAAUCAUAGUAUGCUUAAUACAUAAUUAAAGGUAGUCCAAAUCAGAAUACACUGCUACAGAUGCAUUGUAUUGUGUAAGGAAGCAGGUACAAUAUGCAAUUAUACCGACUGACAUAUUACGAUUAAGCCGCAUUAUUGAAGCUAGAUGGUUGUCAUGGAUACCAUGCUCUUAGUAAAAAAUUUUCGUUAUUGAAAUAAGAAGAUGUCAUUUUAUUACUGCGUUUGACAUCUCUAAAUAAUACCCCGCAAUUAUCUAUCUAUCCCUGUUUCAUCAUUUUGUCUCUUUUGGAAAUUUUCUGUCUGUUGACAAUACCUAAGGAGUGUUCAGCAUACAAGUCUCGACUUUGUGGUUUAAAAAAAAAUGCGUUAUGAAAUAAUGAAAAUUUUGCAAAGAAAAUGAAGAGCAAUUACAUACCUCUUUGCCAUAUGAAAGUUUUAAUUACGCAUGAUUAGUAAAUCUGAAGACAGAAACAUUGUCAAACAGGCGCUUUUCAUUUGUCAUCAUCUUACAUGUCCUACUGAUCUCAUGCCUUAAACGAUUUUUUUUCAUAACAUUUCUGCUACAGUCAAGGAAUAUACGUCUAAUUUUUCGUCAUAUAGACAUGUUCAGCACCUGUGUCUCGUGGUAUGCAUGCCGAAAAUUGAUAAAUCUAUCUUGUAUAUAUAUGUACCUUUAUAUAUCCUUAUGAUGUGAUAACAGUGGUUUGC